UUUAUAGAUUCCAUAGUCACAACAAUAAUCAAUCGUUCCAAACUGAUCGAUCGGUGCAUGCAACAUAUGGCUUCUGCGCUAGGCUUCCAAGCUCCGGUAUCUCUUGCCACCGCCGCAAGGCUGGGUUUCUCCGAUCGCCGCCGCCGACUUAUUCCCCAUAUAUGUAUACGUAGCUUUCGGGUUAGAGCUGCCACUCCCAGCAGCCAAACUCAUCGUGAUCAGAAGACGACCGUGAGGCGAUCCGCCAACUACCAGCCCCCCAUUUGGGACCAUCACUAUUUGCAGUCACUGAGCAGUGAAUAUACGGGAGAUGGGUACGUGAAGCGGUCGGCGGAACUGAAAGAGGCUGUGAGGAGGACGAUGAGGGAGAAGACAGAGGAUCCGUUGGAGAAGCUGGAGUUGAUAGACGCAGUGCAGAGGCUUGGAGUGUCUUACCAUUUUCGGGCUGAGAGUAGAAGCACGCUUGAGUUGAUGAUGGUGAACGACGAUGGUGGUCUCAUGAUAAGCGAUUGGUGCAGCAAAGGGGACCUGUACGCUGCCGCUCUCCAUUUCAGGCUCUUGCGCCAGCACCAGUGUAAGGUCCCUCCAGGGGUUUUUGAGUGCUUCAAAGACAAGUCUGGGAUGUUCAAGGAGUCAUUGUGUAAGGACACAAAGGGGCUUCUUUCCUUGUAUGAAGCUUCAUACCUCUCAGAAGGUGGUGAUCAUGAAAGUAUAUUGGAAGAGGCGAGAGAUUUCACAACCAAGCAUUUGAAAGAGUACUUGACAGACAAGAAUGACAUAGAUGGAGAUCUUGAGAUGCUAGUAGCUCAUGCUUUGGAGCUUCCAUUACAUUGGACCAUGCCUAGGAUGGAGGCAAGGUGGUUCAUUGAUGCAUAUGAGAGGAGGUCAAACAAGAAUGCCAUGUUGCUCGAGUUUGCCAAAUUGGAUUUCAACAUGGUGCAAGCUGUUCACCAAGAAGACCUAAAAUAUGCUUCGAGGUGGUGGGACAACAUGAGAUGGAGGGAAAGGCUACCUUUCGGAAGGGAUAGGAUACUGGAGAAUUAUUUAUGGUCUGUGGGACAGGUUUAUGAGCCUCAAUUCCAACACUACAGAAGAAUGGCCACAAGGAUCAACCAAAUCAUCACUUGCAUUGAUGAUAUUUAUGACAUUUAUGGUACAUUGGAUGAGCUCCAGCUCUUCACAAAUGCAGUUGAAAGUUGGGAUGUCAAUGCAAUAGAACAACUUCCACAUUACAUGAAGAUAUGUUUCUUCGGUUUCUACAACUGCAUUAAUGAAAUGGCUUACGACACUCUUAAGGAACACAACGUUCAUAUCCUCCCAUAUCUUAAAAAGAAGUGGCAAGAUUUAUGCCAAUGUUACAUGAGGGAGGCGAAAUGGUCUUACAUUGGCUAUAUACCAACAUUUGAGGAGUAUCUAAACUAUGCUUGGAUUACAGUAGCCGGUCCUGUAAUGCUUUUACAUGGUUAUUUUUUAAGUGCAAAUUUCUUGACCAAUGACGAGUUGCAAUGCUUGGAGACAUACCCAGAUAUAAUCAAGUGGCCAGCGAUCGUUGCAAGGCUAACAAAUGAUUUGGGAACAUCAUCAGAUGAGAUGAAAAGAGGUGAUGUGCCUAAAUCAAUCCAAAUAUACAUGCACGAAACUGGAGCUUCUGUAGAGGAUGCUCGCGAGCAUGUCAAGCACUUGAUUAAUAAAGCAUGGAACAAGAUCAACGAAGCUCGAGUUACAGAUUCACCUUUCAAUCGAGCUUUUGUUGAGAUGGCGACGAACCUUGCUAGGGUUGCCCAAUUCAUCUACCAAUAUGGAGAUGGGCAUGGACAUGAUAUUGGAGGCAAGAAUAAAGAUCGCGUGAUUUCAUUGCUAAUUGAACCCAUUUCCCUCACAUCAAAAUGAUAUUGUUUUGCAUAAAAUGGAAUUAUCUAUUAGAUUAAUUACAUUUAAUGUAAUUAUCUAUUAGUAUAAUUAUCCAUUAGGUGGUCCUAUUUAUCAGAGAAAUAUCAUUUAAACCAUUAAAGAAUUAUCUCAUAAUAUUUAUCCACUAGAUAAAGAGUGAUAAUU